ACCGAUACUGGAAUUAGCUCCAACUCUUUGUGCAAAAAGACUGGUUGCUUGUGUGUUUCCUGCAUGAUUUGCGGUUCAUUCUCCCUCUUUUCCUCUACUCCUACAUCGUAAGAAGUUUCUUUCCUGAGAGAUGUUUGCAUGGACAUUCCGUCGAACAGAUGUGACGAACUCAGCUCCGCGUUGGUUUGAUCGGGUCGGAUGGAUUGAGCCCGGUCGCUGGCCUCGAACGGGCUUUCGUUUCAAGUAGGCUCAGCCCGUGAGCAGGCCACUCAGUCUCCUUCUACUUGUGGCUGAUUUGAUGGAUACAUUUGUGCAGGUGACCAAGCAUGGAUAAACGCUGGACGAAUCAUCAGAGCUGACGCCCACACAACAAAUGUUGACGUCCAGGCGCUCAAAAAGGCACGGAGAAGGUGGAGGAGAACUCCGAAGCCACUGGCAAGACUAUAAGCGCAAGACAACAAGAACCAUUGGCAUGGACACCACGACGUGGUUGGAGGCGGUCUCCAUGCGGUUUUUCUCUCUCAAUCUCGACGUGAUCGCUCGUUCACACGCCAAGCGUCUCCGCUGUUCUCUAACAUUGCUCCGUUCCACAGAUUCUCAAGUAUGUGAUCAGCGUCUGUGGACAAACAAGAUCAACCUCAGUAGUUGGGAGGUGGGUUCCAAACUUGACCAUAAGACUUGGAUUGAGAGAUCUCAGCAAUUUUGGAGGACCUAAGAUGAGCAGAGCAAGCAGGACUGUGCUCCAUGGGCUCUUAAAGCUUUGGUUCCUUACAUUGAGAACCUUGCCUAUAAAGUUGUGGUUACUCGGUUCUCUUACACUCCUAGAGAUAGAAUGCCAUGGCUGUCGCAUUAGCUAAAUUUGGGCGAAGGUCCUGCAUCUUCCAUUGUUGGAAGAGUGAGGCAAGUGUGCAUCCAAAAUGACCUUCCAGUUCUGGAGCUGCCUUUGGGUUUUGUUCCCGUGAUCUGCUCACGUUUUGGAGCCCUUCAGAUCUUGACAGCUCCUGUUGUUCUUAUCUUCCUUUCCUUCUUUCUUCCUGGGGAACGAGGCAACGAUUGCACCCAUGAUGGAUGCUAGCAGUGUGGGUUUGAAGAGCAGUGCAUGCUUAAGCCAAAUAAAACGGGGAGUUCUUGACGCUGAGGAGAGUGGGUUUGCAGUUGGCUCAAGAAUCAUGGCCUGGAAACCGAAGGUGGUGAGGAGCGCCAAGAACUGCUGCUGCUGGGUCGGAGAGUUCAAGGCAGGAGCUGGAGUUUUUGCUAUCACUUCAGCUGUCAACAAGGAGACUGUCAUUCAGGCACCAAGGUUUGGAAAACAUAAGCCGGAUGCCAGGAGUGUUGCAUCCAUCAUUUUGGGUGGAGGGGCUGGAGCUCAGCUUUUUCCUCUCACAAGUACCAGAGCCACACCUGCUGUUCCUGUUGGGGGAUGCUAUAGGCUUAUUGACAUUCCAAUGAGCAAUUGCAUCAACAGUGGCAUAAACAAGAUAUUCAUCAUGACACAAUUUAAUUCAGCUUCCCUAAACCGUCAUAUUUAUCGUACAUUUAACUUUGGCAACGGAAUCAACUUUGGUGAUGGAUUUGUGGAGGUUUUAGCAGCUACUCAAUCACCUGGUGAAUCUGGAAUGAACUGGUUUCAGGGCACAGCAGAUGCUGUGAGACAAUUUACUUGGGUAUUUGAGGACAACAGGAAUAAGAACAUUCAAUACAUACUGAUUCUAUCUGGUGACCAGUUGUACCGUAUGGACUACAUGGACUUUGUGCAGAAACAUGUCGAUACUGGUGCUGAUAUCACCAUAUCUUGUGUGCCUGUUGGUGCCAGCCGAGCAUCUGACUAUGGACUAAUUAAGAUUGAUAAGGCAGGCAAAAUUAUCCAAUUUUCCGAGAAACCCAAAGGUGGUGAUCUGGAAACAAUGAAGGAUGAAAACACCCUCUUCAGAUUGUCUCAUCAAGAUGCUAAAAAGUACCCCUAUAUUGCAUCAAUGGGGGUUUAUGUCUUUAAUCGAAACACUCUUCUGGAGCUUCUAAGGUGGACUUAUCCGAAAGCAAAUGACUUUGGAUCAGACAUUCUUCCUUCUGCUGUGAAGGAUUACAAUGUCCAGGCUUAUAUAUUCAAAGAUUACUGGGAGGAUAUUCAAACAAUCAAAUCAUUCUAUGAUGCAAAUUUGGCACUGACAGAUCAGCCUCCAAAAUUUCAGUUUUAUGAUCCGAGAACACCCAUUUUCACAUCACCUCGAUUUUUACCACCAAAUAAAAUAGAGCAAUGCAGGAUUCGCGAUGCAAUUAUUUCCCAUGGAUGCUUCUUGCAUGAGUGUAGCAUUGAGCAUUCGGUAGUCGGAAUGCGGUCCCGUGUAUAUUAUGGUGCAGAACUCAAGCAUACAUUGAUGAUGGGUGCUGACGACUAUGAAACCGAAGCUGAGAUUGCUUCUCUACUGGCAGAGGGCAAGGUUCCCAUUGGAGUGGGAGAGAACACAAAGAUCAGGAACUGCAUCAUCGACAUGAAUGCCAGAAUAGGAAAGAAUGUGGUCAUUGCUAACAGAGAUGGUGUCCAAGAAGCUGAUAGGCCAAGUGAAGGAUUCUACAUCAGAUCUGGAAUCACAACAAUUCUGAAAAGUGCUACUGUCAAAGAUGGAACUGUCAUAUGAACUGAUGUUUCUCCAUCUGUUUUUAUGAUGCAUUUGGGAGGCCAUUGACAAUAGAUGUUGUUAGUAUUUUCUCGGAGGAAGACUUGGACUGAUGGUUGUGCUUCUGCAGCAAAACACUUGCGUACAAGUUAUGAAUCCAAACUCAUGGAUUUUUUUUUUA